CGGAAAGACUGUGGGUUCGAGAUUGAAGAGAAAGAGGAAGCGUGUGAAGCGUGCGUGUUUGCACGGUGCUGUAAGUGCACGAAAGAUUUUCAGGCGGAUUUCAUGGCUGAUACCAUCACUAACUGCGGAAAUGGUCCGUUAUGUGGAAAUUGAUUAUAUUUUCAAACAUCCAUUUGAGGCAGUUAGUCGUGCAUACUUUCAAAAGUAUACUUGUGGUAAAGAUACCAAUGUCACCUCUGUAACAGUACUGGAACAUAGAACAGACCCAGAAACUGGGGAGGAGUAUCUGUUAAGAAGAGGAGAAUGUGUGAAUGUUUUACCAGGUCUGCUUAAAAAGGUAUGUCAAGGCUUUUUGAGUAAGACUAUCAUGUAUACAGUACAUGUACAAGUCUGUUACCGAGAAUGCUGCAUUUUGCCUGACUUUAGAGAUUACUUGAGGAAGAACUUAUGUCUGUCACUUUUAGACAGAAAAAGAGUACUUUUUACACGAUAUAGGCCCUUUGCAGCUGGGGUCACAUGACCAAAUUUUUUCUAGGAAAUUUUUAUAUUAUGGGCUUUAAC